CCCCCGCGGUGGUGCGGAGGGGAAUUUGCUGACGGUCCCUUGCCAGGUGGUGCUGGCUCUGCCGGGCGGGCGAAGAGGAGGAGGAGGAGGACCGGCUGGCAGCUCCUCCCAGGUAGGAGCGUGUGGCCUGUCGCCGCACCCGGCAGCCUGAGCACCUCGCCUGGGCUGGGCCGUGGCGCCGAGGCGCAGACGUGGUGAGCGCGCGAGCCUUGGAGGAGCCACUUUUGUGGUCAGGAAUCUGCAGGACCCUGCCGAGUGGCUUGGAGAACCUCCCCCUGGGGACUGAUCAAGAAGAGGAAGGCCCCGAGAAUAGCCCAUUGUCCAAACCCCCAGCCUCACCUGCUGCUCCAGCUGCCCUGUAGCUGAGUGGAGCCUGCAGACCUGAUUUGGCCUUCUCUGGAAAUCUGAUUCAGGGAGUCUUUCAGGAUGUCUGCCUCACCAGGAAGACAGGGCCAGGCCUCAGAGAUACUCAACAUCACGGUGGACGAGUGCUUCCAGAAUCGGAACACCGUCCUCCAGGGACAGCCCUUCGGGGGCAUCCCCACCGUGCUGUUCCUCAACAUCGUCUUGUGGGUGUUUGUCCUUUUGAUUUACUCCUUCCUCCGGAAAGCCGCUUGGGACUAUGGGCGCCUGGGCCUGCUGAUCCACAAUGACAGCCUGACCUCACUGAUCUAUGGGGAGCAGAGCGAGAAGUCAUCUCCUUCGGAGAUUUCCCUGGAGAUGGAACGCAGGGACAAGGGCUUCUGUUCUUGGCUCUUAAACAGCUUAACCAUGAAGGACCAGGAUCUGAUUAGCAAGUGUGGGGAUGACGCACGCAUCUACAUCACGUUCCAGUAUCACUUCAUCGUCUACGUCCUCAUCCUCUGCAUCCCUUCCUUGGGCAUCAUUUUGCCCAUCAACUACACUGGAACUGCUCUGGACAGGAAUAGCCACUUUGGUCGGACCACCAUCGUCAAUGUCUCCACAGAGAGUAAGCUCCUGUGGGUGCACAGCCUCUUCGCAUUCCUGUACUUCCUCACCAACUUCGUCCUCAUGGCCCAUCACUGCUUGGGGUUUGUGCCCAAAAAGAGCCAAAAGGUCACAAGGACACUAAUGAUCACCUAUGUGCCCACAGACAUCGAGGACCCAGAGAUGAUCAUCAAGCAUUUCCACGAGGCCUAUCCAGGGUGCGUUGUGACCAGAGUCCACUUCUGCUAUGAUGUCAGGAACCUGAUCGACUUGGACGAUCAGAGGCGCCAUGCCAUGCGAGGCCGACUCUACUACACCGCCAAGGCCAAGAAGACUGGGAAAGUGAUGAUCAGGAUUCACCCCUGCUCCCGCCUGUGCUUCUGCAAGUGCUGGACCUGUUUCAAGGAGGUAACCAGCAGAGAUGCAGAGCAGUAUUACAGUGAGCUGGAGGAGCAGCUGACUGAUGAGUUCAAUGCCGAGCUCAACCGUGUGCAGCUGAAGCGUCUCGACCUGAUCUUUGUCACCUUCCAGGACUCCAGGAUGGCGCAGCGCGUCCAGGAGGAUUACAAGUACAUCCAUUGUGGCAUGCCCCCCCAGCAGUCCUCAGUGACCACUGUCGUCAAAUCCUACUACUGGAGGGUCGUUCAGGCCCCGCAUCCAAAAGACAUUAUUUGGAAACACCUGUCCAUCCGCCGCUUCAAUUGGUGGGUCCGCUUUAUUGCGAUCAACACCUUCCUCUUCUUCCUCUUCUUCUUUCUCACCACGCCUGCCAUCAUCAUCAACACCAUCGACAUGUACAAUGUCACCCGCCCCAUCGAGAAGCUGCAGAGCCCAAUCGUGACCCAGUUCUUCCCCUCCCUGCUGCUGUGGGCCUUCACAGUGAUCUUGCCUCUGAUAGUCUUCUUCUCUGCCUUCGUCGAGGCCCAUUGGACCAGAUCCAGUCAGAAUCUGAUCAUAGUGCACAAGUGCUACAUCUUUCUCGUGUUCAUGGUAGUCAUUCUGCCUUCCAUGGGGCUGACCAGUUUGGACGUCUUUUUACGCUGGCUCUUUGACAUCUACUAUCUAGAGCAGGCGACCAUCAGGUUCCAGUGUGUCUUCCUGCCAGACAACGGCGCCUUCUUCGUCAACUAUGUGAUCACCGCAGCUUUGCUGGGCACGGGCAUGGAGCUCAUGCGCCUGGGCUCGCUCUUCAUGUACAGUACCCGCCUCUUCUUUUCCCGAUCAGAGCCAGAGAGAGCCCACAUCAGGAAGAACCAGGCCAUAGAAUUCCAGUUUGGGCGUGAGUACGCGUGGAUGAUGAAUGUCUUCACCGUGGUCAUGGCGUAUAGCAUCACCUGUCCCAUCAUUGUCCCUUUUGGGCUGCUCUACCUGUGCAUGAAGCACAUCACAGACCGCUACAACAUGUACUACUCCUACGCACCCACCAAACUGAAUGAGCAGAUCCACAUGGCUGCGGUCUCCCAGGCCAUCUUUGCUCCGCUCCUGGGCCUAUUCUGGAUGCUCUUCUUCUCCAUCCUGCGAGUAGGUUACCUCCACAGCAUCACCUUAUUUUCACUGUCCACCCUUAUAGCUUCCAUGCUAAUCGCCUUCUUUGGCAUUUUUCUGGGGAAGCUGAGGAUAUCCUCUGACUAUGAGCCGGAGGAGGAGACCCAGACGGUGUUCGACAUGGAGCCAAGCAGCACGUCCUCCACCCCUACCUCCCUUCUGUACGUGGCCACUGUGCUGCAAGAGCCGGAGCUGAACCUGACCCCAGCCUCCUCCCCAGCCCGGCACACCUACGGUACCAUGAACAGCCAGCCAGAGGAGGAAGAAGAGAGCGGUUUGAGGGGCUUUGCAAGGGAGCUGGACUCGGCCCAAUUCCAGGAAGGGCUGGAGCUGGAGGGCCAGAGCCAGUACCACUGACCAGGACUCCAGGCAGGGGCAGGGGAGAACCUGGCAAGGGAGGUGAGAGGGUGGCCCGGGCCUCCUUGCUCCCUCCUGCAGACUUUGGGACGCUCCGGAUGGAGACGCCUGCUGCUCAGCCAUAACCACGUGGAGACCCAGCCCGCUGACCAGCUAGGAUGGAGGUGCUGAGCAGUGCCCAGGAACUCCAGGAUGGCAUGGAGGCAGCAUACACUGUGUCUUGGUUAGGCGGCUGAAGCCCAAGACAGACUGAAUGGGGUCAAGAUGGAGAAGAUGUUCACAAGGAAGGAGGCAAGAAGAAGCCCAUGGAACUUUCAGGGUCUCCAUCACCCUCUCUCCAGCUGCCCUUUGAGCUGCUGCUGCUCCAGCCCCUAGGCCUCCCCACGGCCUGAGAGGCAGAGGUACGUGCUGGGCCUCAUCAACAACUCGCAAGUGAGUGUCUCACCGCAGGUUUUCUUGCAGGAAAACCGUAGUCUUCGUACGCUCCCCUCCCAGUAAGGGGCAGCUAGAAGAGGAGACUGAGCCCCUUCCUCUGCCAUGAUCACAGUCCCCAAGCGCAGCAAGGCAGCACCUUCUUCCUACUCUUACAAGGGUGGGCUGGACCUGGCCACUUGGGCUCAUUAAAAAAGACCUGAGGUGUGGUGAGGAAACCAUGGCAAGUUUGUGCUGGCUACUGUAAGCACAGUAGGGACUGGACAGAGGCAGUACUCGGGGUGGGGGCCUCUCCCCAAAAGUCUGGGUGGUGGGAAACCAGAUACACGUCCCCAAACCCCAGGCGGAUAAGAUUCCAAAGCCAAGGAGGGGGCCGCUAGCCUUACCGAGCAGAACCUGUCGGAAUGCUGGGCCUCAGCUCGGACGACAUGAGCAGCAGCUAAGGGUAAGAAACCCAGGCUUCAGACGGAACGUUCUGGCCAUUCCUUGCUGCCCAGGUCGGAGCCUUCCUUGCAUCUCUACAUGUUCGCUAAGGGUCACCUAAGAGGCCUCGGGGGGUCCCUGACUUCCCACAGUGACGCCAACCCCGCCCUGGAGGUGUGGUGACCAUGUGUUCGCCAUAGAGAAGCGCUUGCUAAGGGGGCAGGGCUGUCCUCCCAGGCUGCCUCCACCAGAGGCCUGGAGGGGCUGAAUCCUUCUCAGCACCUCUGCUGUGGCCGGGUGACACCAGCUGCCACCUCCUGGGAUAGGCUGCCAUCAGGACCCAGUGCAGCCCAGCCAGGGUGGACAUGGAGAAAGGGUCAAGCUGCAUGGAGUCUUCGAGCUCCUAAGCCGCCUGGAGCCCCUUCUCAGAGGUCUGGGUCGCUCCUGCCACUGACUUGCUGCAGAGGGCUCAGCGCCUCUUGCUUCAGAGGCUCCAUCUUGUCCCAGGAACAGGUGGCCCUGAGGGCAGGUCACCUAGGCCCCACCCUGCUCCACUGUUCCCCAGAUCCCAGCCCCAGCAGCUCCAUGCCUCACUCCUGCGGAGAAGUAAUUGCUCAAAAGGCAGUUGGUGCAAUGCCCUCAGGGCUCGCCUCAAACUUUGCCAUGGGGAUUUUUCCAGAGAACUUGGGUCAGCUGGGAAGGAAGCUGUCUUUCUUUUCUGACCCAGCUUGGAAUAAGGGGGAAAUUCCACCCAGCCAGGGUCUUACAAGCCAGUUCCCAAGGGCCGUCUCCCCUGGCAUUUAAGCAACUAGGGCAUGGGAGCCUUUUGACCAGCUCCAACUGUGACUGAAGUGCGAAUGAACUGAAGUGGGAAUGACCACCUGCGGGCUGUGCCCAACCCUGUAGGGUGUUUGGUAUGUAAGGGGCUUGAGGGUGCUGCCACAGGCAGGCCCGGGGCCUCUCCUUUCCUGGGCACCACUUGUUGGCAUCUGUCCGAAGUCCUGCUGCCGCCCCCUCCCUCUCCAGCCUGUGCUCCCUCCACAUGGAAAGGGUCCCACGAGCGACCGGGCAAGAUGGCUUGGCGCUCCCUCUCUGAGUCUGGGUCAAGUGCAACCCGGUUCUGGUACGAAUAUUGGUAAAGUACCAGUCUCUACUUGCUUCUUUCUCCUUCCUGGAGGCCUAGGGUCGCAGGCAAGGCCCUGCAGCCAGCUGUACCUCAACCUCCCAUGGUCACUGGGAAUGUGGGGGGCAUCCUUUAGCUCCCCACAUACACCCCUCAUCCAGGCCCUCCCAGGGCACUUCCCCACCUGCCUGCUCCCCCAGCUCACACCUGUGUCACCUGUUGGCCUCUGUCUACCGCCACCCACCCUCCCUACCCCUUCCACUUACUCGAUCCUUUUUGGAGGGAGCUGCCUCUUGGAGGAGUCCAUAUGGCCUAGAGCCCUCUGAGAGAGGCCUUCCCCAGGCCCUGAGCAGACCCAGCCUUGCCUGCCUGUCCCUCAGCUGUCUCUGGAAGCAAAGUGCCUAUCAGCAGCAUUGCAUCCUCUGGGGGCCUGGACGGGUUGUGGUCCAACCUUGGCCACCACCACUAAAGGAAUGUGCCAGAAUGCUGAACCUUCUUAUUAUCAAUGCUAUGACUGUGCCUUGAAUAAACAAGUCCUCCCAACCUCA